AUGCCGGAAAGCCCCUCAGGGUCUCGGUCAGUUGAGUUUGAAGAGCGAGGUGACGACAACGGCUUUGCCCGAGCGGGGUUGCUUCGGUUCAUCAUAGAGACCACAGCGGCACUUUCAUCGUACGCUUUACAACUUAUUCGGGAUCUUUUUUUCCACGCCAACGGAGCUCAGACGGCGGGAGCGCGUGCGGAGUUGAGCAAGGCAGUCCGGUCGAUUAGUGUACAUCUACGGCUGUUCCCGUCCUCGCAGCUGUGCCUUGGGUGUAAGUCGUGCGAAGCUGCCGCUCAUGAGGUUCCUUUCCUGCCCCUCGUCACAUGCGAGCCAUUUUUUCAACAUGUAAGCAAUUGCAUCGGCACUCGCCUCGGUGCUCCGGUAAUACUUGACGUGGGAAUUUCUCGGUCGGGGGGACAGGGCGGGUUGCAGUUCGUGCUCUCCCGGCCUAAGCCAAGACCGGCGCGAUUCAGUGCUCAGACAGGUCCCAAGGACAAUCCGGCAGUCAGUAUCAUGGCUACACCAGCUUCUUUUAUUGUCUUCACUUGCUUCAAUAUUAUAUCUGCUCUUGCUUCUCCCCCUCACGAAGGAACAACAGGAUUGUGCCAACGAAGCACAUCACGGGCAUGCCCUACACUUCUCGCCGUUAUCGGUAAGAUGCGGUCUCCAGCGUUGAAGCAAGCAAGCAACCUGGUUGCAAGGGCACCGUUCGCCCUCGACUCUUACAGCCCGCCCAAUUGCAGACUUUACCACCGCCCGCGGUUAGGAGGCACGCGCCAAGAAGAAGCCUUACAAAGUGCCCUUUCAGCAGUCCGCCACUCAUCCAGCAAUCAGGCCCGCGAGAGGCAACGAGCUGAAGACAGAGACUUUAUUGUAUCAGUCUUAGAGGCCUCGGCCACUCGUCGUGAUGCCAAAGGCUACCUUCAAAAAUAUGCCCCUCAGUCCGGCGAGGAUGGAUCCAAAAAGCGCAAAGUUUCCAAGUCGCAAGAGGGACCUGACCAAACUUAUUCAUCCGUUCGAGUCAUCAAUCAGGCGCCCAAAUUCAUCCAAGGCACUGAGUUUAAGGCCGAAACCGCCAUUCCUGAUGGCGAACCCAUCAAUUUGGCAAUUGUCAAGAUACGCCUUCCUCAGGAUGUUGACGACGAGAUGCUGAAUGCUAUCGCCAAAACCCUGACCCAACUUAGGAAAUUGGGACUCGUGAGCCUUAUUGUCCUCGAUGGAGGGCAAAUAUCGUCCCGAAAGCUUCUUCGGGAGCAGUCAUGGAGAGUCCAGCAAGCCAUUGAGACAUUUGGCGAGCCAGGGAGCAUUCUGCUCGAUCAGUGCAUUGCCGAGGCUGAGUCGCAGACAGCGCAAACGAAGGGGUUCAUGCCUUCGGGCGUUUAUAUCCAACACCCGCACCUUCUGCUGCGAGCUCUGCGAGACAAUGCGAUUGUUGUAGUACCUCCAGUCACCAUGGCACACAACAUGAAGAGUAUCGACGUGGUGGACGCUGACGAAACCAUCAUUGCGCUGACCAAGUUUUUCUGUGGUCUUCAAUUCAACGCCUCCGAAAGCCCCGUUGGAGCGCCUGACUCCAGUCUCAGCCCUGGUGCCAAGGUCGCCUCAGUCGAAAAGGUCAUCAUCCUAGACCCAGCUGGAGGCACACCUCUGUCGGAUGCACAUGAUGAUUCGUGCCAUCGAUACAUCAACUUGGACCAGGAAUUCGAAGGCAUCAUGUAUGGCCUCACGCACCCUACAGGAUCAGAAGCGCGGCGAGGUAAAUACUCCGAGAGUGUGCGCCAGCUCCACGCCCGUAACCUCGACCUUUCAAAGAAGGUGCUUGCGAUGUUGCCCUCGACUUCUUCUGCCAUAAUCAGCACCCCGUCUGCUGCAGCAAACAAGCCGAUCCGGCAGUUUACAAGCGUCACAACACGUAACCGGCAAAACCCUUUGAUUCACAACCUCCUAACAGACAAGCCAGUAUUUUCAUCGUCACUACCGCUUGACCGCGUCCGCUCUGGGAAAAAGGGUGACAUGGCGUCCGGCGAGACCCAUGUGGCAACUUUGGUCAAACGCGGCAUGCCACUUACAGUCUAUCCUGAUCCCACAAUCAGUGCCUGGGUGCCCCCACGACCGGGCGGCCCUCGCUUGAGGCUCACAGACACCUGUAUAGACAUGCCACGACUAGUCAAUCUCAUUAACGACUCCUUCAACCGGGAAUUGGACGUUGAACACUACUUGGAGCGUGUCAACGAGAACCUGGCCGGUAUCAUCAUUGCAGGAGAGUACGAGGGUGGAGCAAUUCUGACCUGGGAGAAGCCUUUCGGGCUGGAUGAGGAGACUGCAUACAAGACCGCUCGACUGGUUCCGUACUUGGAUAAGUUUGCGGUUCUCAAGAGCCGCCAGGGAAGUGGCGGAGUUGCAGAUGUGGUUUUCAACGCCAUGGUCAGAGGCUGCUUCCCAGAAGGCGUCUGCUGGCGUAGCCGACAGGACAACCCCGUCAAUAAGUGGUAUUUUGAGAGAUCUCUGGGCACAUGGAAACUCAAGGACACCAACUGGACCAUGUUCUGGACAACGCCACACCUCCCACUAAGCGACCCGAAGCUAUUGGAUUACGAGAACACACAAAGCCGCCGGACUAAGACCUCCAGGAGUGGCUCUGAAGAGGAGUUCCCUGUGGCAGUAUUACCAUUGGAAUGGCUGAGCCGUUGUGAAUAUCUAUCCGUCGACGCCACUGGCUUACAUUCACGACAGUGCCAUCCAAAGAUGCCCAAUUUAACAUACUGGAUACCUGUCUAUCUUGCUUCAGGUCGCAGGCAGGCACGAGGCAGAACUCCCGCAUCUACAACCCACCUCAACCCGUUCAACAGGCACUAUCGUCAGUGCCGACUUUCCCGCAGCGACCGAGUUGUUUUCUUUUCCCACCUAACUUUGUCCCAUCAAACCACCGCCAAGAUGGAUUUCAAGAAUAUCGGCAAAAGCUUCACCUCCUUUGGGUCCUCGAUCACCCCUUUCGCUUCCCGUACUUUCCAGUACACCAAGGAGCAGCUUGGCCAGGCCGAGGACAAGACCCAGCUUCCUCCCGACUACAUUGAUCUCGAGAAGCGCGUCGAUGCCCUCAAGCAGGUCCAUCAGAAGAUGCUGGCUGUGACCUCGCAAUACUCGAACGAGGCCUACGAUUACCCGCCCAACAUUAAGGAGACCUUCCAAGAUCUCGGUCGCACCGUCAGCGAGAAGGUUACUCUUCUUUCGUCCGCUGGUUCCCCGGCCGAGGCCCAGGCAGCCCUGACCGCUCCUCCUUCGGCGAAGCCUCAGCCCAAGACCUUCAACCAUGCCAUUGCCCGGGCCAGUCUGUCAAGCAGCCAGGUCCUUCACCAGCAGCACACCGGUACGGGCGAGGAUCCCUUGGCUACGGCGCUCGAGAAGUAUGCCUUGGCUAUGGAGCGCGUUGGUGAGUCCCGCAUGGCCCAGGACGCUCAGAUUCAGAGCCGCUUUCUUGCCGGCUGGAACACGACCUUGAACACCAACCUCAAGUUCGCGACCCGCGCCCGCCAAAACGUCGAGAAGUCCCGCUUGACUCUCGAUGCCGCCAAGGCCCGCGCCCACGGUACCACCUGGAAGAUGGGCCCCGGCGCCACUCGUCCCGACGAGGGUCAGCCGCAGGAGCUGAGCCCUGAGGCCCAGGAGGAGAUCGAGAAGGCCGAGGACGACUUUGUCACGCAGACUGAGGAGGCCGUUGGUGUCAUGAAGAAUGUUCUGGAUACCCCUGAGCCCCUUCGCAACCUCGCCGACCUGAUUGCUGCUCAGAUCGAGUACCACAAGAAGGCUUACGAGAUCUUGAGCGAGCUCGCCCCGGUUGUCGAUGGCCUGCAGGUUGAGCAGGAGGCCAGCUACCGCAAGAGCCCAUUCCGCGGGUUGAUGUGCUUGAGGGUUGGAGGAAGCCCGAUUGCUUUCGUUGCAGCCGGUGUGGCUGGGGCCGCGGACUACUUCGAUUCAUUAUCGACGCCCGAAACCCCCAUGGUAGGGUGUGAGAGCGUCCUGGUUACGUCGUCCAAGGUUGAUUUUACGGCUUCUGAAUAUAGAGUUGUUUUCAUGUUUGACGAGUUCCGAACGACUCCCAGCAAUUGCGGCUGGCAGUACGGUUUGGCACAAAAUUCAAAUAGCUUGUCCGCUUUAUCAAUCCACGUCAUGCGAAUGACAAUAUUUGGUUCCCAAAUUGCCGUCACCACUUCACUCAAAAUCUUGAGUGAAGCACAGAAUGCGGCCAAAAUCCCUAAGCUUGUCAAAUGCAUGUAUUGGAUUGGAAUAAAUGCUAUCAAAAAGCGAUGCACAUUUGCACCUCCGAGACUCAAUUCACCGAACACCCGCGAUCUCCAAUUCGAGCCAAUUGAUAUCGCAACCAUGCGGAGAACAUUUCGCCUGCUCGCGGGCGUCAAGCCUGCUCGCUAUCUCGAAGCCGGCACCCCGACAGGUCUCACCGGCCUCUGGACACACAACAGCCCGCGGUCGACGCUGCUCUAUCUGUACGGUACCACCCUCGAGAAGCUCCAGACGGUCCCCGAGUCCUCCCUCUACCGCCAAUCGGUCGAAGCCAUCACGAAGCACCGCCUCAGCCUCGUCGAAGCGACGGUACCGCCCGGAUACCCCGAGUGGGAGAAGAGGGCCGAGCAGAUUGUCAAGGAGAAGCCCGAACAGUUCCGCCUCGUCAGCGGCCGCGUCGACGGCAGCGGCGCGCGGACGGUGAAGCUCGGCGGCAGGACGUUUGUCGUCGCGACACAGCACGAGGAGCAGGACGUCCGCUACGAGGAGUGGGACGGCGAGAAGGACGAGGGCGGUACCCUGGAGGGCCCCCGUAGCGAGGCCGAGCGAAAGGACCACCAGCUUCUCGCCGACCGCAAGGACCUGAACGAUGUUGCCAAGGUGCAGUGGGAGGCGGAGCCGCAAUUGACGGCCGACCAGAUUUCCGAGUUGGAGACCAAGAUCGGAGCUGGCCUCAUUGAGGAGGUCAUUCAGGUUGCCGAGGGCGAGCUGAAGCUCGUGGAUGUGAUGACCCAGGCCAAGGUAUGGGAGGACCUUGAGGAGAAGCCUGUUGAGGGCCAGUGGACUUACUUUGAGCGCAAGUCUGCAUACAUCGAGACGUUGCUUUUUUCCCCUUCCCAAGACUUGUUGCAUACACACACAAAGGCAGCUAUCGUGAAAGUGCCUCUUUUCCUACGUUCCAUGCUGUACUAUGGGAAAAAUGGGCUAGUUGAGGCUUUGCUUGCCUUGCCCCAAGAUCAAAUAGAGCUCGAAGGUGAAGAGCAGAUGAAGAUCAAGAACAAGGCUGCCCUGGACCCCUAA